UUCAACUCGCUGAAUGCAAAUAUUCAGACCACAGUAGUACAUCAAAUCGUAUAAUUAGGGAUUUGGAUUAGUUCUACCCGACCCAAAAGAAACCCAUACCAAAACAUUACCCCUUUCACACGAAAACCACUGCCGCAAGACCAUAGUAUUCUGUAUUUCAGCCAUAUAGGGUUUAUUAGUAACUUGUUUGAGGGAAGAGAAAUUUGCAAGUAAAACGCCAUUAAAAGUUUAUUGAGAGAAAAUGCCAACACUAACGAAGCUAUUCACAAUGGAAGAAGCAUCGCAGCACAACACUAAGGAUGAUUGCUGGGUCGUCAUCGACGGCAAGGUAUAUGAUGUUUCAUCUUAUUUGGACGAACAUCCAGGGGGAGAUGAUGUUGUACUUUCUGCUACAGGAAAAGAUGCCACUGAUGAAUUCGAAGAUGCUGGACAUAGCAAGGAUGCGAGGGAACUGAUGGAGAAAUUCUUCAUUGGGGAGCUUGAUUCGACAUCCCCUCCCAUCCCAGAACUUGAGAUUGUCAAGAAGGCUGCCAAAAAUAUCCCUCAGAAGGUUAAGGAAAUUACUAAGCAAUAUUGGUUCGUUCCUAUAGCAGUUGUCGGCAUCUCUGUGGUGGUGGGCUUCUUAUACACACGCAAGAAGUAAAAUCAGUCUGAUAUUCCCUCUCGGAUGUUAGUACUGUUGUGAAACAUAGACUUGAAAAAGUAUUCAUCAUAUCUUUAGAGGAAGUAUUUUGGGACAUGAUUGCUGAAUGCACAUUUUUGUUACUGAAUGAGAUGGCGGGAAAUUGACAUUAUGUCCCAGAGCAAGUGAUGUAAAAUAGCCAUUUUAAUACACAGUGGCUGUCAUCAUAUUGAUUAGAGUUUACAUUUACUAUCCGUAUAACCUGUCUGAGGAUACAGAAUAAAGUGCAUCCAGCAAGGGCAUUUUAUCUUUUUUCUUUC